AGCUAACUAAAUGGCUGGCCCGAUGCAUAUUAAUUAUCUAUCUAUUGAAACUGGCUUUUGAAACUCUCGGCCAGCCCCCGGGAGGCAGACCACCGGGCCCGGCAUACUCCGAUCAUCGCUACUUGUUCGCUGAUCGGAUGCUAUGCCAAUCAGUCCCUGAUGCGCCCCCCGAAAGUAGAAAAACUUUGCCUCUGCUCCCUUUUUCUCUGCUCUUCUCUUUUUUUGCUGCUUAAUGAUGUCGUGAUUUUUAAUAUCCCAGAAAUAAUAUCCCCCCAAGGCAAAAGUAGCCGACUUGACUGUCUGUCCUGUUGGUUGGAGCUCGUGUGGGCUUGCUUGAGCUUAGCUGAGCUACUACUACUUCCAUACUCAUAUAUAUAUAUACACUUUAAUCGCCAAACAUGAUGAACCCUCUACCCAUCCCAGAGCCUGGAGCUCGGGGUGCACCCUUGAAGAAGGCGAAUCUCCUACGACUACCCGCGGAGCUGCGUCUGAAGAUCUACGAAUAUGCCCUGGCGGUCCCGAACGAGUAUAUGGACCAACCCUUGAUUGUGGUCAAUGAUCGCGGCAAUACCUUCACGUCGCGCGGCCGAUAUCGAGCGCUCAGCAUGUGCCCCAGCUGGGUUGGAGAGGAUGGCACUGCGCGCAAGCUGCUAUCCGUCAACCGACAGAUCCACGACGAAGCGGAGGACCUCCUCUACUCGCGAUACACCUUUUUCUUCCUCAAUUCCUUCAACCUCGAGCGCGCCGGCGAGUUCCUCGACACCCUGAGCGCAACCGCGCGCAGUCGCAUCCGCAGCGUCGGCUUCGAGAUCUUCUUCUUCGUCCACACCCAGACCGGCGUACCGAAGCGGACACUGAGACUAUACGAGCAGGUUGGGCGCGAGAUGAUGAAGCGACUUCCGUCGUGGAAGAGUGUGGUCUUCUACCUGGAUCCGCGGUUCUACUUCCCAUCGGCCACGGUGGGUGGACGCGAACUCUCUGCGCGAGGUGUCCUCUACCUUGCAACAAUCUUUGGAGCGAUGGGCAAGGAAGUCCAGUUUCAUCCUGUGCAGGCCAUGCAUCGACAUGUCCUCGAGGAAGCAGAGAGGAUUGUGCGCAGAGGUAGUCGUUCACAGGACCGCCCAUCUCUGUAAGGGCCGCUUUCGCAGAUCCUCAUGUUAUUUACGACUACCACACAUCCUCUCGGGUUCAUCGCCAACCUCCCCACUCCCCCUCCCAUCUCUUGAAAGACUGCUGCGCAUUGCCAGAAACGACCUAUGCGGGGAUAAUAAUUACCUGCUAUAUCCUAUCCUAUACUAUACCGACCGAUAGCUAGGGAAAGCUAUCGGGAUGCAUGAUG